CUGAGUUAAAUAAGUACGUUUUUAUUUUUAUUUUAGAUGCUUCCAGGGCUCCACCACUUCAAUGGAAGGGGGUGGAUACCUAAACACCCGCCCUUACUCUGCUGGUCUACCCAGGGCCCGGUCACCGAUAAAUACCUCGGUCAGCGACAUCAGUAGACCGGUCAUGACCUCUUCAAUAACUGCUUCUCUGGAUGGGGAGAGUGAGACAGAGAUGUCCCAACUCCUAAAUAGAACCAGACAGAAAAAAUUUAUUAAGAACUUUAAACAACUGCCCAGUGAAGAGUUAGUCUUACAGAGAUAUUCCUGUGCUUUGGUGGGAGAUAUUCUGCUACAAGGACAUCUUUAUGUUACAGAAAACUACAUUGCUUUUCAUUCUANGCUUUUCAUUCUAACGUAUUUGGAUACAUUAAAAUUGUGCAGUAUUGAGAUACCCAUGCUGUCUGUUAGUGGAAUAACUAAAGAGAAAACAGCAAAGAUUAUCCCUAAUGCUGUUGGGGUCACCACUUUAGAGGAAACACAUAUCUUCUCUUCUCUUAUAUCCAGAGAAGGAACAUUUAAGGUGAUUUAA